AUGUCAGGAAGAGGCAAGGCAAGAAAGGCAGCUGGCGGCAAGAAACACACAAAAUCCAAUAGAGCUGGCUUAGUGAUUUCCGUUAGUAGGGUUCAUCGUUAUAUGAAGAAAGGUCGGUAUGCUCGGCGAACGUCCAUCGCUGCAUCAGUGUAUAUAUCUGCUGUUAUUGAAUACUUAGUAGCUGAAGUAAAUGAAUUGUCAGGGAAUGCUGCAAAAGCAAACAAAAGAAAAACUAUUACACCAAGACAUAUAAUGUUAGGAGUUCGAAAUGAUGCUGAGUUAAAUGAAUUGUUAAAGCACGUACAUAUUAGCCAUGGCGGAGUCCUACCAUGCAUCCAUCCUGCUUUAUUAAAGAGAAAGGGUGUGCUCACGAAUUCUCCAGGACAAGGUGGAGCUGCUAUCUCCGGGACAAGCUUGUCUUCUCGUCAAGCCUCUUCUGGCAUCACCUCAAGUGCAAUGGUGACCUCAUAA